GCAAAACCUUCUAAUCUUCUUCCCCUUUUCCACGAAACCACCUCGUUGUACUUGAACCCCAAGAAAAAUCCCAAUUUCCGUACCCUUUUUAUAUGAUCCCCUUCCUUAUUUAACCCCCACGCCGCCUUAACUUGUUGUAUUCUUUAACUCAUUCUUAUUUGUCCUGCUUCGAUCAUUAUCAUUAUGGAUGCGCUUCGGAGAAAGCAUGCUAGUACAAGAAGAAGAAAUAGUACUACUAAAAAGGGUUUUAAGGUUGUGUAUAUUUCCAGUCCCAUUGAGGUCAAGACUUGUCCCUCCAAUUUUAGAGCCUUGGUACAGGAGCUCACGGGGAAAGAUUCUGAUUCUGAUGCUGCCGCGACAGCCGCCACUAGACUCGUGGACGAUGCCAAUGGAGGCGUACCCGUAGAGAAUGGUGUGCUGCCGCCGCCGCCGCCUCCGCCUUUGGCUAACUCAUUUCCUUCCUACUCGGAUUCAGCUUUUGGGCAUCUUGAUGAUGACGUGAUGAUAGCUCCUCAUAUGGAAGGGAGUUCUCUGAGGAUGUUUGGCUUAGAUUUAUAUCAUCAGAUGCGUUUUAAUUAAUCUUUGAAUUAGAGUAGGAGUAGUAUUUUAGUUCUAAUGAGGGAAUCAUACAUGAUAUAUGAUCUUUUAGAGGCUGUUUAGUAGGAGUUGCUGUUUUUUUUGUUUUAGCUCUUUAUUAUUACUAUUUUUUUUUUCUCACUUAAGAUACAUUUUUGUAAUGAACCUCAUCUUCGGAUCAAGUGGCUCUAGCCACGCUUGUAAGGUUGAUAUUCCCCUUCUCCAUGACAACGGUUCAA